AUUGUGCUGAUUUCCGUAUUUUGCAGAUGCUCUGAAAUUAACUCAUGUAAGCUUUAUCCCUGGAUUCAUCAGUUUAGCAAUAACAGAAGAUCUGCUGAUCAAAUACGCCCAGUUUAUUUCCCUGAUGUUGAUCCUCACAGUCUUCCUUCUGGUUCAAACUUCUCUAUGACAGCAGGGGAUUUUCAAGAAAUUUAUUCUGAGUGCAAUACGUGGGACUGCAUAGCAACUUGCUUUUUCAUAGAUACAGCACAUAAUGUUAUUGAUUACAUUGAUACUAUAUGGAAAAUCCUGAAGCCUGGGGGAAUAUGGAUAAAUGUAGGUCCUCUUCUUUACCAUUUUGAAAACUUGGGAAAUGAACUUUCUAUAGAAUUAAGCUAUGAGGAUAUAAAAAAUGUUAUACUGCAAUAUGGAUUCCAUAUAGAGGUGGAGAAGGAAUCUGUACUGUCAACUUACACUGUGAAUGAACUCUCCAUGAUGAAAUACUACUAUGAAUGCGUGUUGUUUGUGGUGAGAAAACCAGAAUAGAAGUGGUCUGAAUAAGCUGGCUUGAAAGCUAGAAAUGAGAAUAAAGUGGACUGGGUGAUAUCUGGACACAACCUCAAAUCAGUGGUGCCUUUUUAUUCCUAAUAGGUUUUGGAUAGUGUCUAUUUUCUUAAUAACUAUUGCUAUCUAGACAUGUAAUGUGCCAUGCCUAUUUGUAAUACACUUGUGAAAAUGGAGGAGUAAAUGUUCACGUACAUUGUCUUUGUGCUUUGGAAUGCAUUCAAAAUAAAAGCAAAAAUGUUUUAUUGAGAAUAAAAUUUAAUGUUUGGCAUAA